GAAAAUGCCUUCCUCUCCUCUCCUCUGUUCUGUUCUGUCCUGUUCUGUUCAGUGGGAGACAUUACAGCCCUGUGAUCUCAUGAAUAUAUUAUGGAGGGUCAUUGUGCAAUGAGGAAGGUGCUGCUGAGCUGAGCUGCCAGGUUGUGGCCUGCACAGAAAGCACAGGAGCUUCCUCUCCUUUACUAGCUUUAUAGUCAGCCUGACAACACACAAGAGCAGCAUCAUAUUAAUGCAUUAUAGUGUGCUUUUACUACUGCACAGUCUGGAGGUGUGAACACAACAGAGAUAUCUGAUUAAUCCGCUCGACAACACGGUGAUCCAGCAGCUUUGUCUUACAGGCUGCAGCCUUGUCUUGCUGGGACUGCGACACUAGCUAGCCAGCUAGCUGUGUGUGUGUGUGCAACAAUCCAGCAGCAAUCUGUCUGCAGCUGCAGCAGCAGGCAACAAGCGCUGCCUCUUGAGGACAGUGGGGGCUCUCUAAUGAUCCCCCCGUUCAUCCGAUGAACCCCCUCAACUCCAUGAAACCUUCCCUGCCUCCCAAUCCACAAAGCAGUGACGGCCCCUUCCUGAAUGACCCAGUCUCCUGGCAACCAGGCACCAAUCAGCACCCAGGAUCUCUCUCUGUAGUAACCACAGUGUGGGGCGUGACCAAUCCCACACACAGCCAGGUGUUCUGUGCACCCAUGGGUCCCGGUGAGAGCUCUGGCGGUCACAUGAUGCCCGGUGGCAGCCCCGGUAUGGGUCCUGGGAUGGGCUCCCAGUUCAUGGGCCAGCAGUCGUACGGAGACGCCGUCUCUAAAGGCUACGGACAGCCGGUCAUGUACGGACGUCCCAGCGCUGGUUACAACCCGGCCUCAGCCUACGGUGGAAGUUACUCCGGUAACAGUGGAGGCGCCGGUAUGGGCGUCCGUCCUCCCUCGGACUUCACUCAGGCUGCUGCCGCCGCUGUCGCCGCCGCCGCCGCCACGGCGACUGCCACCGCUACGGCAACUGUUGCGGCAAUACAGGAGAAACAGAACCAGGAGCUGAGCUAUGGCCAGAUGGGUGGAGCAUCCUCCUACAGCACCCAGUUCCUGUCUCACGCGGGCCCCCGCGGCCCUCCAGGGAUGGUCUCUUCCAGGCCCGGACCUCCACCCUCCAGCGGAGGCCUGUACCCGACUCACCCGGCCCAGGCUCAGAAGAUGCCCCAGCACGGAGGCUACCCCGGUCCACAGCAGGGCCUCAAACGCCCUUUUCAUUCAGAGGGUUUUCCGGUGCAGCAGUACGGCUCCGGUGGGAUGUCGGGGUACCCCACCCAGCCUCUGCAGUACCCCCCCGGUCCACAGCAGCGAUGUGCCCCCUCACCCUCUUACCCCUCCAGUCGGAUGCCUCUCAUGGGGCAGUACACAUCUGGAUCACACAACCCGGGACAGUUCCCCCCCGGAGCCGGUCAGCCCAAUCCACCCCAGUAUUAUAAGUCGGAGCCGUUCAACGGUCAGGGCAGCCUGCCAUCUGGAGGAGCCGGAGGAUACAACGCCUUCACACAGGCUGCAGUCAACGGGCCAGGUCGGGGUGGCGUGAUGCCCGGAUAUCCCAGCUCGCCGAUGGGAGGGAAUCCCACGCCUCCAAUGACACCCGGGACGUCCAUACCUCCCUACCUGUCGCCGGGCCAGGACACAAAACCCCCGUACCUCCCGCCGGACACCAAACCUAACAUCAACCCCCAGCAGGUCUCUACAGGUAACCCGAGUGACGACCUGCGUCUGACGUUCCCGGUACGAGACGGCGUCGUGUUGGAGCCAUUCAGACUGGAGCACAACCUCGCCGUCAGUAACCACGCCUUCCAGCUGAGAGACUCCGUCUACAAAACACUCAUGUUGAGGCCGGACCUGGAGCUGCAGUUUAAGUGUUACCACCACGAGGACCGACAGAUGAACACUAACUGGCCGGCCUCUGUACAAGUGAGUGUCAAUGCAACUCCUCUGUGCAUUGAAAGAGGGGACAACAAAACCUCCCACAAGCCCUUGUACCUGAAGCCGGUGUGUCAGCCGGGACGUAACACCGUACAGAUCACGGUCACCGCCUGCUGCUGUUCCCACCUGUUUGUGUUACAGUUGGUCCACCGGCCGUCUGUCCGGUCCGUCCUGCAGGGUUUGAUGAAGAAGAGACUCCUGCCGGCCGAGCACUGCAUCACUAAGAUCAAGAGAAACUUCAGUAGUGGAACGAUCCCCGGGACCCCCGGUCUGAACGGAGAGGACGGCGUGGAGCAGACGGCCAUCAAAGUUUCCCUCAAAUGCCCGAUCACAUUCAGACGGAUCCAGCUGCCAGCCAGAGGUCACGACUGCAGACACAUACAGUGCUUCGACCUGGAGUCCUAUUUGCAGCUUAAUUGUGAACGAGGGACCUGGAGAUGUCCUGUGUGCAAUAAAACAGCUUUGCUAGAGGGGCUGGAGGUGGACCAGUACAUGCUCGGGAUUCUGGUAUACAUCCAGAAUUCUGACUACGAGGAGAUCACCAUAGACCCGGUGUGUGGGUGGAGGCCGGUGCCCGUCAAACCAGACCUGCACAUAAAGGAGGAGCCCGACGGUCCGGUGCUGAAACGCUGCCGGACGGUCAGCCCGAGUCACAUGGUGCUGCCCAACGUGAUGGAGAUGAUCGCCGCUCUGGGCCCGGCGUCGUCCCCCUACCACAGUCUGACUGCAGGCGGCAGGAACACCCCCGACUACAAUAGGCCAGGGAGCCAGGGAUUCUCCAGCGGAGCAGGAUUCACAGACUUCCCCAACACUCCCGGCACUCCGACGCUCGGAGAGUACUCCUCCUCUGGACCUCCACUCCCAUACCAGCCCGAGCAGACGUCUCAUUCUGGACGAAUCGAACACGCCCAUAACAUCCUCCAGCAGCACGGUUCAGGUGGAAUUCACGGGAACCCGAGUCUCGGCGACGCCGGCAGUCCGCUGCCGCAGCGAAACGUGAACGCCCAGAAUUCCCGGCUGCAGAGCGAAGGCGCCUUCGGUCUGGGAGGCCCCGGAGCGCCUGGAGGAGAGGGCGCCGAUCAUGCACUAGAUCUUCUUCCCGAGCUGACCAACCCGGACGAGCUGCUGUCCUACCUGGGCCCCCCCGACCUGCCCAACAACAGCAGUGACGACCUGCUGUCUCUGUUCGAGAACAACUGACCACCUUCAUACUGUCACACCGGUCAUCUUCCAGCCUCCGCUUCUCUGUUUGUUGUAGCUCUGCCCUCAUUGGUCGAAAACAACGCCGUCUCUGUCGGCACCCACUUCCUGUGUGUGUGAGUGUGUAAAUGCUUGAGUGUGUGUGUGUGUGAGUGUGAGUUUUGUGUAUCUUUUGUCUUUUUGAAGUGUCCUGCUGUACUUUUGAAGCUCAUCCAGUAGUGCAGUAUCCGGGAACUGGAGGGAACACAUGAAGAAUCUAUAUCAGUACAUACUGUAGGCACUGACUCUGCAGACCAGCAUUUUAAACUAUAGCACAAAUCACAGGCUGAAGGAUUUAAAUAUACAGUAUUUAAUUUAUAGAUUGUGUUAGAUGAAGUGGAGGAUAAUGGAAGCUGUUUGUGAGGAGUUAAUGGAUAGUGGUCAGUUAAUUUAGCGGUGGUUCCCAAGCUGUUUAUAUCUUUUUUCUGUCUGUCGGGGCGCCCUUUUGCACACACGCACAUUCCUGGUAGAUUACUUUGUAACGCAAACGCCGUAUUUCUACUGUUUACCUCACAGUCGCCGCAACAAAAUAUAAAACUAUUAAGUUAAGUUUCCAGAGUCGUAAAAUCCUUUCUCGUAAUAUUUUAAACCCCACCCAUCCCCGAUGUAACCACCCAGUUUGGGAACCACUGCACCGAAAGGUUAAAGCUGGUGAUGUUUUAUAUUUUUUGUUAUUGUCAACGACUCCCUUCACAUCCUCGAUUCCUUUCCUCGUCACCUCUCCUUGCGUCUUCGUCGAGAAAGAGGCGAGGAAGAGACACGAGGAGAGAGGAGUCGAGGGAACAGGCAUUAACAAGCGACGUCAAGUAACUAUGACGUCAUCAUCCGUCUCUUUUAUACGUCACAUGUGCCGAAAA